GAAAAUCCUUUAGGACUCAGUCCUCCUCUCGAGACAGAAACUGCCCUUAAACUGUCGCUCACCGCAGCACAACCGGGCAUUCCUACGGGUCCAUUGGAGACCCGAGUGGUGGGUCCGAGUGCUAUAGUGGUCGAGUGGGGCAAACCAGAGACAGACGGCGGCGCACCUCUACUUAGUUAUGUGGUGGCGGCCAGAGAUGUGAGGAGAACCAUGUGGAUGGAGGUCGGUCACGUGAGCGCUGAUACCCAACGAUUACAAAUCAAGGAUUUACAAGAAGGACACGAAUAUAUGGUGAGAAUUCUGGCCCGAAAUGAAGUGGGACUCAGCGACCCCUUG